AUGCUAGUUGACGGAAUGGAGGGACAGAACCCUUUGCUAGCCUCGCCCAAGAGCGACCUGGGUUCAGAGAGUACAUCUCUUCUUCGGGACUAUCAAGAACCCGAGCAUGAGAAACGUCGUGUUUUCUUUGAAAACUCAGACUCCGUUGACGUUCGCCAUCGAUCUUCAAGAUCGCGUGGGAGCGAGUCGAGCCGAUCAUGGCUCUCCACGGGUUGUUAUGUUAUACUGUUCACAUUGGGCGCUCUUCUAUUCACGACUGCUGGGUACCUUGCAUCAUUUAUGUUGGAAGAACCCUCAGAUAACGAGACCCUGCAUACCGAGGCGCCCACCAUCUGUCAGACCCCCGAAUGUGUUAGCGCUGCCUCGGAGAUUCUUCGUAACCUAGACCCGAAUUACGCCGAUAUUGAUCCAUGCACGGACUUUGACCAAUAUGUUUGUGGUGGAUGGAGAGAGAACCACGAUAUGCGGUCAGACCAAGGCGCGAUAUUUGCUGGGACUUUUAUGCAGGAGGCUUCCCAGGCGCGCCUUCGCCAUCUACUUGAGACAUCUAGUCCCUCAGACCCCGCCGAUUCGGAUAUCUUUGAUAAACUAAAGUCCGGCUACAAUGCAUGUCUUGACGAAGAUAGGGUUAAGAAGCGCGGCAAUGAGCCAUUGGAAAAGCUGUUACAAGAUUUUGAGAAGAUAUAUAGCCUGAAACCGGGUUCGGAUGGCUCCGAGGCUAGCCUAACUGGUGCGGUGCUGCAUCUUAUUAAGUCAGGCGUUCGUGCUCUUGUCGAACCUUCUGUUGGACCUGACGACCGUGACCCGGAUAAUGUUGUGGUUUUUGUAACGCCACCUAGGAAUAUUGGGCUCCCUGCGAGAGAGUACUACAAUGAUACACAGACUGUCAGCGAUUAUACUACGGUUGUUGAGAAGGUCCUCGGAGCAUUCGUUAAGCACAAGAAAAAGAGUCAUCUUUUUAAGGACCUUGUGGCAUUCGAAUCGAAAUUGGCAGAUGUCACACCGACUACACAGAGCCAAGAGGACAUCACCCAAUACUACAACCCACGUAGCAUUGAGGAAACGAAGUCACUUUUGCCCCAGAUUCUACUGUCUGAUAUUAUUUUGGAUUUAUCUCCUUCGGAUUAUGAAACUGAUAGUCUGAUUGUCGGUUCUCCAUCGUACAUGGAAUCGUUGUCGAAAAUAUUACACGAGACUCCACGAGAAACCGUCCAGCACUUCUUCAAGUGGAAGAUUAUCCAAAAUUACGCAGAGUACAUCGAGAGCGCCGAAAUUGAGCCUUUACUUGAGUUCAACAAUGUACUUGCUGGAAAAGAUCCUAAAGCUAAGAAGGACCGAUGGCGGAAGUGUAUUGGCGAAUUGGACUACAGUCUAGGAUGGAUCCUGAGCCGGUUCUAUGUUCUGGACUCUUUCUCCGAGGAGUCAAAGAAGCUUGGAGACCAGGUCAUUUCUGAUAUCAAGGAACGCUUCGUAUUUACCUUGGACCAGACUAACUGGAUGUCACCGGAAGUGAGGAAGUUAGGUAUACAGAAAGUUGGUAAUAUCAUCCAAAAGAUUGGGUACCCGACAAAGAGCCCCAAUCUUAUGGACCCGGCGGAUGUGGGCAGAUAUUACCAGAGCCUAUCUAUCUCGAAUGAGUCGUUCUUUGAGAACGCGGCUGUCGUUGCGAGGUUUAAAACUGAGCAAAACUGGGCAAAACUGGGCAAGAAGACCGACCGUGACGAGUGGGAAAUGACAGCUCCCACUGUUAAUGCAUACUACAACCCUCCCGGCAACGAAAUUGUCUUCCCUGCUGGGAUCAUGCAGCCACCGACUUUCCAUGGACCAAAUGCCCCAUUGUACUUGACGUACGGAGCAUUUGGAGCGGUGAGUGGACAUGAACUCUCUCACGCCUUCGAUUCGACCGGGCGACAUUAUGAUGCAAGAGGAAAUUACACUGAUUGGUGGGAUGAGAAGACUGUGAAGGACUUUGAGGAUCGCGCACAGUGCUUUAUUGACCAAUACUCAGAGUUUACCGUCCAUGGGAAAGACUCUGAGCUUCGUGUUAACGGGCGUUUGGUACAGGGAGAAAGCAUUGCUGACAGUGGGGGAAUUUCAGCGGCAUUUCACGCUUGGUCUAAGCGAGAUGAGGCCCAUUCUGAUCCCCAAUUACCUGGUCUCUCCGAAUUCAGCAAAGAGCAGCUCUUUUUCAUCUCUUAUGCAAACUGGUGGUGCAGCAAGACAACCCCCGAGGCUGCUCAGGAGGCCAUAUAUAAUGACCCCCACCCUCCUAAACCCGCGAGGAUUAUUGGAACAAUGGCGGAUUCUCUUGAGUUCCAGGAGGCGUUCAACUGCCCGAACAAGAAACCAAGGUGCAAGCUCUGGUAG